GCAAUGCACUCAGUGCAAUAUUGGGUCUUCCUCAUUGAUGUUACUGGGCACUUCCAUCAUGACUGUCCUGGAAGAAGACUUCCCAGUAUCUUCACAUAGGAAGACACCAAGAAAGGCACUUUGUAUAUGGGCCAGACCCUGUUUCACACAUUUCUUGGGACCCCUUCCUGCUUAGAAGGACAAACAGUCAAGGAGCUAGAGGUCUGUCCCACUGUAGACCAUGAGUAGGUAAUGCACAGUGAGGACCAUUGGGAGCCAUGUCAGACGAGUCAAUCUCAGGGAGUGAUCCAGACUUGGACCCAGACUUGGAGCCGGAGGAUAUGGAAGAGGAGGAGGAGGAGGAGGAGGAGGAGGAGGAGGAGGCAAUGGAGGAGGGCAAUGAUGGGGAUGAUGAGGAAGACUUGCUUGAUGAGAAUGACCAGCCCAGAGAAGGCAUGUAUGGCACUGAGCAUACCCAGUCUGAGGAAGAUGGGGAAUGGCAGCACUCUACUUCAACUACCUCAUCUCAGAGCAAAAGGGCAGAGCGUCUUGGUCAGAACCAGCGCAAGAGCCUGACCUCUGAGGACACCAAAAAAAAGAGAGCUCAGAAACCUUCCCACAUGAGGAGGAACAUAAGAAAGCUGCUACGGGAGGAUCAAUUGGAGGCAGUCACCAAAGCAGCCCAACAGGAAGAGCUGGAGAGAAGAAAACGGCUGGAACAACAGAGGAAGGACUAUCCUGCCCCAAUCCCGACUGUACCACUGGAGUACCUCCCAGAGGAAAUUGUUUUACGAGCAGGAGAUGCUUCCCAGCUCCCCCCUCAGGUCUUAGCCCAAGAAGUUAUUUGUUUGGAUAGCACCAGCAGUGGCAGUGAGGAGGAGACAAAGGGAAUACUCCAUGGCAUUAAAGAUGAAGUGAUAGAACUGAGCUCCGGAGAGGAUGAGGCUCUUCAAAUCGUGGACAGUAGCGAUUCUGCCAAUGAAGGGGAUGGCGAUGCCACAGAGGAGAGCAGUGGCUCCCAUGUGAAUGAUGCCUUAAAUCAGUCAGAUGCUAUGGGGCAGGUCAUUGUCAACAUCAACCACCCACCUAAUGAGGAAAAUAUCUUCCUAGCUCCACAGUUGGCACGUGCAGUGAAACCUCAUCAGAUUGGUGGGAUCCGAUUCCUGUAUGACAACUUGGUGGAAUCCCUGGAGAGAUUUAAAACCAGCAGUGGAUUUGGCUGUAUUCUGGCUCACAGCAUGGGUUUGGGGAAAACUCUACAAGUGAUCUCCUUCUUAGAUGUCCUUUUCCGACACACAGAAGCCAAGACUGUCCUUGCUAUUGUACCGGUGAACACUCUUCAGAACUGGCUGGCAGAAUUCAACAUGUGGCUGCCACCCCCUGAAGCUCUACCUGCUGACCACAAACCUGAAGAGAUUCAGCCACGCUACUUUAAAGUCCACAUUCUGAAUGAUGAGCACAAGACGACGGCUGCUCGUGCUAAGGUGGUGACUGAUUGGGUGUCAGAGGGCGGGGUGCUGCUGAUGGGGUAUGAAAUGUACCGACUCCUCUCCCUGAAGAAAUCCUUUGCUACAGGUAGAAAGAAGAAAACCAAGAAACCUGCUUGUCCGGUAAUCAUCGACCUGGAUGAGGAGGACCGACAACAAGAACUCAUGAAAGGCAUUGAGAAGGCCCUUUCCCGCCCUGGCCCUGAUGUGGUGAUUUGUGAUGAGGGGCACCGAAUCAAGAAUUGCCAUGCCAGUACAUCCCAGGCCCUAAAGAAUAUUCGGUCUCGCCGUCGGGUGGUGUUGACUGGGUACCCGCUCCAGAACAACCUCAUUGAGUACUGGUGUAUGGUGGACUUCGUGCGCCCUGAUUUCUUAGGCACUCGGCAAGAGUUCAGCAACAUGUUUGAGCGUCCCAUUCUCAACGGGCAGUGUAUUGACAGCACCCCUCAGGAUGUUCGCCUCAUGCGAUACCGAAGCCAUGUUCUCCAUAGCCUCCUGGAAGGAUUUGUGCAGAGGCGAGGCCACAGUGUGCUGAAGAUACAACUUCCAUACAAAGAAGAGCAUGUCAUCCUAGUGAGACUCUCCAAAAUCCAACGGGCCUUGUAUACAGAGUUCAUGAAUCGUUUCCGUGACGCUGGCAACAGUGGCUGGCUGGGACUCAACCCUCUCAAGGCUUUCUGUGUGUGCUGCAAGAUCUGGAAUCAUCCUGAUGUGCUGCAUGAAGCCCUUCAGAAAGAGAACCUUGCCAAUGAACAGGACUUGGAUGUAGAUGACCUCAGCACAGCUGGGACCAAUGCCCGAUGCCAGACCCAGGGAAUUAAGGUCAAAAGCGAGGGCAGCACUUUGGCACCCUCAGGGGGAGAGGCAACGAACAGCAAAUUCCUACAGGGGGUAGGAGGCUUCAACCCAUUUCAGGAGCGAGCCAACCAGGUUGUCACUUAUGAAUGGGCCAAAGACAUCCUAUGUGAUUAUCAGACAGGAGUCUUGGAGAACUCACCCAAAAUGGUGCUGCUCUUCCACUUAAUUGAAGAAAGUGUGAAACUUGGGGACAAGAUCCUUGUAUUCAGUCAGAGCCUUUCCACCUUGUCUGUCAUUGAGGAGUUCCUGGCAAAGAGACUAAUGCCCUGCCUGCCUGGCUCAGAUGGGCAAGGAGAUCAGAACUGGGUUCGAAACCUCAGCUAUUACCGACUAGAUGGUAGCACCUCAGCUUCUGAAAGGGAGCGUCUUAUCAACCAGUUUAAUGAUCCCAACAACAGCUCUGUUUGGCUCUUCCUCCUUUCUACACGAGCUGGAUGCUUGGGUGUGAAUCUGAUUGGUGCCAACCGAGUUGUGGUGUUUGAUGCCUCCUGGAACCCUUGUCAUGAUGCCCAGGCAGUGUGUCGUGUCUACCGCUAUGGGCAGAAGAAGCCUUGUCAUAUCUACCGCCUGGUGUCUGAUUACACUCUGGAGAAGAAAAUCUAUGACCGGCAGAUUUCCAAACAGGGCAUGUCAGAUCGGGUGGUGGAUGAUUUAAAUCCCGUGCUUAACUUCACCCGGAGGGAGGUAGAAAACCUGUUGCAUUUUGUGGAAGAGGAGCCAGACCCAGCCCAGCUGGCACCGAACAUGAGUAAAAUCAAGGACUCUGUCUUACAGCUUGCCUGUCUCCAGUACCCUCACCUCAUCACCAAGGAGCCUUUCCAGCAUGAGUCGCUGCUCCUGGACCGCAAGGAGCACCAGCUGACCAAGGCAGAGAAAAGAGCUGCGAAGAAGAGCUACGAGGAAGAGAAACGGGCAUCUGUCCCCUACACACGCCCAUCCUAUGCUCAGUAUUACCCUGCCAGUGACCAGAGCCUGACCAGUAUCCCUGCCUUCAGCCAGAGAAACUGGAGGCCAACCUUGAAAGGGGAUGACAAGCCUGUGGCCAGCGUCCGCCCUGUGCAGUCAACCCCCAUCCCUAUGAUGCCCCGGCAUGUCCCACUGGGCAGCUCAGUCUCUGCCUCAGCAUCCAAUCCCGCAGUUAACUUCCCCAUCAACUACUUACAGCGCGCAGGGGUCCUGGUGCAGAAGAUCGUCACGACAACAGAUAUUGUCAUUCCUGGAACAAACAGCUCCACAGAUGUGCAGGCAAGAAUCAGCGCUGGGGAGAGCAUCCAUAUCAUCCGUGGGACAAAGGGGACAUAUAUUCGGACCAGCGAUGGGCGGAUUUUUGCCAUCAGGACAACUGGAAAACCAAAGGCUGAUGACGAUCGCCGGACAGCUGCCUCAGGAUCCCAGGGUCCAUCUCUAGAGUCCACAAGCAAUGGCAGACACAGUGCCUCAUCGCCCAAACUCCCCAACACAGAGGACCUGGCCAGACCUAUUUCCCCUGACAGCCCUGAGAUCAUCAGUGAAUUGCAGCAGUAUGCAGAGGCUGCAGCUGCUCGAGAGACCCAUCACAUCUCGCCCAGCACCAACCCUGUCUCCUCCGGUCCCCCAGCCCGGUCUGCAGACAAUAAUGCAGUCCCUGGGACAGCGCGAGGGCCCGAGCCUCGCUUAGGGAGCCAUUGCCUAGCCCUCUCCCUCCCGGCCACCAGCCAGCCCAGUGAUGGGCACCCAGUACUGGACUUACGGGGCAACAAACGCAAGUCGGCCUCACCACCUGCCACAGAGGAGCCAGCCCGUCGGCCGCCCAAAAAGUGCCAGCUGCCUGCCCCCGUGCAGCCGUAUGAACACGGGUACCCAGUUUCCAGUGGAUUUGCCAUGCCACCAGUCUCUUUAAACCACAACCUCACCCAUCCCUUCACCCCCCAGGCGGGGAACUCCUUCUAUAUGGGCACUGGCUCGUCCUAUUACCAGCUGCCCAAUCUGCUGGCAGACUCCCCUCUGGUAUUUCCAGUGACUACUGACCCCCUCCUGCCAGCUGGCCCAGUCAGCUCUUCUUCUGCUGCUACCUCAGCCACUGCCAGUGUCCCUUCUUUCAUGCUAAACCCCUCUGUGACGGGGAUGCUGCCUAGCUACUCACUCCCCUUCUCACAGUCUCUCCUGCCCGAGCCCAGGAUGUUUGCACCCUUUCCCUCUACCAUUCUGCCCAGCAGCCUCGCCCGGGGGAUGUCGGUCUACCCAGGCUAUAUGUCCCCCCACUCGGGGUACCCAGCUGGCAGUCUUCUACGGUCCCAGGUGCCUCAUUUUGACUCCCACGAGGUCUCAGAGGUGGGGUGCAGCUCCAAUGAAGAUGAGGACAAGGACGACGAUGUGAUAGAAAUCACAGGGAAAUAGCGAGAGAGUCCCUCUCCACCUCACUCUGACCCCCUCAGUGGGCUUCCCAUUGGGAUUGGAAGGCAAAAAUUGGAGCUCUGAAGAUAGGGCCCAGCAAGGGAGGACAGGAGGUGGGACAGGGGCUGUCUGUCAUUCUUAAAUAUCAGGGGUUCUGUGCUGUUUAAAAUCCAGACUGCUACAGGGGAGGGAGUCUGAGGACUGGGGACCAGAGAUAGGACAAUCCUGCCUUUCUUCCUGUCUCCCCAACCUGUGCUGCCUACCUGCUCGCCUAAAUGGGAGAGUCUUCAGGCCUAAGUCUGGGGAGGGCAGGGGGUGAGGUAGAGAGUAAAGGCAAAGAGAGAAGGGAGGAUAGGCUGAGAUCCCAUUUGAAGUAGGGAUACUUGUUGGGGAUAGAGCAGGAAUUCAGCCAGGGGUGUGUGUGCGUGUGUGUGUGUGUGUGUGCGUGUGUGUGUGUGUGUGCGUGUGUGUGCGUGUGUGUGUGUGCACUCAAGUGUGUGUAUGAGAGAGUGUGUGCGCGCGCGUGUGACACACGAAUCACUGACAGCAUGGUAGGAGGGAAGAAGGGAGGGUUCUGGGGGUAGGGGCUGGGGAGAACUUGAAAUUUUCUUAAUUGAAAUUAAAAUGUGGUGGCUUCUUUCCAGUUUGAACAGUGGGUAAAGAGCAGAGACUCAGCUCAGGGUUGGGACAGUUGCCUUGUCACAAUUCCACCUAUAGCUGCUAUAGGAUGACUGAGAAGACCUGGGUGACCCACUGUCACUGUGCUGCAUUUGCUUUAGGAUUUGAAGAAAAAUGCAGAGUGUACAUUGCUGGGUUGUGUUUCUCCUUGCCAUGUCUGUGUGUCUGGGCAGCUCUUGCUCUCCUUCCUGAAGGAGGGCUGUGUGUGUAUCCUGUGAGGGGGUGGGGGGUGGGGAGGGAAGGAUUCACUGCCAUGUGUGGAGAGUUUCUCGGUGGUGGGAUCAGUGGGAACUCAAAGAGUUUAGAAGACUGAACCCCCAACCACCUGGCCCAGUGGUAUGUCUUUGUUCCCUCCUCCAUUAGAAAUCUCCAUGUUAAUUUAUUUCAUGAAGGCAAUUAUUUAUUAUUGGGGGUUUUCAUUUCUUUUUUCAUUUAUGUUAGGGGAAGGGAGUUGGGAGGGAAAGGGGUGGGAGAUAGGAAGCAAAUGGGGAUGGGGAAUUUUAAGGUCUCCCUGACCCUGUGCUUGUCUGUGAGAAAUAUGAUAUGGACAGGGAAUCAGUCGUGGAUGGAAGUUAGAGGACUUGACCAAAGUGUAGACUGUAGUUAGGACCAAUGCAUUUCUAGGUGGUGAUUUCCUAGGAUUAGUGUGGAGGCCACAGAAUUGGCUGCAAAGUGAGAAGGCAGGAAACAAUUGUCCUGGUUUGGGGCCUCCAGCAUGUUCUAUUCCUGAAAUGGGAAAGUGGCUUAUGGCCUUGGAGCAUGGCUGCCCUUCAGUUCCUCGGAGCUCGUCUCCUGUUGAGAGCAGAUUUGAGAGGAGAACAUGAACUUAGUUUCAGGAGAAGGAAUAUUCCCAACUCCUAAAGUGUAUCCUUGGAUGAAUAUUUGGCUCUUUGCCAAUGGGAAGGAAUCAUGUUAGCACCAUUCAUUCCUCCCCUCCUCUGGAUCCCGGGUUUGACUUCCAUUUUCAGAAGCAAAUUGGUCAUUCUGGGCUCCACCUUUUCCUGGUGACAGUGUCUAGGAUAAGUAUAAACUCUGCCUUUCUUAGGACUGGUAUUGAGUGACUAGGGUUUUGUAAAUUGGCUGAGGUGAGAAGGAUGAGCCAGACAAAAAGCCUUUGCCUGACCAGCUUUCCCAGGGUGAAAGCUGUAGGUGACAACCGUGGCUCCUCAGCCUGAGAAGUUGCAGCAAGUUCUUUUAGUGGGUCAUUUCUGUUUCCUCCCAGCCCUGUGAGGAGAGUAUGACCACAUUGACCCUAGGAGUAAGAUCUUUCGAGAAUUUUCUGUCCAAACACUGUUUCCAUUGUUCAAAGGACUAGGUGUGCUGAGUUAUUCCCAAAAGGGGGGACAAAGAUGGAUGAUGGGGUGUGUGCGUAUAGACAAGUGCACACGGACGUACUGUUGUCUAAAAAUGCCAAAAGUGGAACCUUAGAGCUUGUUUUCUCUCUGUUUUCCUAGGCAUUCUGUCAGACAUACCUAACUCUGCUACUCAUAGAAGCCUUAGAUCUACAGUUUAGCUAUGCAAAUUAGUUUUGAUUAAUUUAAGAAUAGCAGUUCAAACCAGUGUUUUCUCUUUUCAGACACUUCCCACGAGUUGACGGUAAAGGGGCUCCGUUGGAGCAGGCUCAGGUUAAAGCUGGCACAGUAGAAGGGAGCCAAUCUGGACCCACCGGGUCCAUCCACACUGCCUGAUCUGUGCUGGUGGCUCCAAAGGCCCAGUAACAGGAAGGGUCUUGAGUUAUGUGUUGGGAGGCGGGAGAUUGUGUCUUUCCUGCUGCCUCUUUGCAUGGCCACUGACACCGAUUGUAUCAUCACUUUGUCACUAGAGUUGGUGGGCAGGCUAUUGAGGUAGAACUGGCGCAGGGACCAGGGUCACAGAUCCCUCUGCAGGAUAGGGAACUGAUGCUAGUGAACAGCGAGAGACCCCGGGGUGUUUGCCAGGCCAUCAAUGGUUUCACAGGGUUGGCUGUAAUAAGGGCACUUCUCUGCUGCCUUUCACAUGUGGUACCAGGGGUUACUUCUCACAGUCAUGUACUCCUGCUCCGUCUCUGAAGGCCAAAGCUUUGGGAGGCUGGUCUUGCUGAAGAAGGCCUUUUCUGAGGGUUGCAGUUGUGGAUUUCGUGGGAAAGUGGGAUAGUUGGGGGAUCUGAGUUUCUGAGGGUUUUAUAAUGAAUUGUAGAAAAAAAAACCCUGUCUUUACUGCUGCCUUUCUGUGUAUGUCUGUCAUGUCUGUUUGUGUAUACACGUAUGUCUGGUUUUAUGUAUGGGAGGGAAGCAGAUGGUGUUAUGGAGGCCAUAAAAAUCAUAUUCUUGCCUGCCUUCACUUGAGGGAGGGACAAAGGGCAGUGGCUUUCACUGUCCAGAUUUCGUACGGUAAAGAUGGCGUGAGGACGAGGGUAGAGUGUCCAAGGUCAUUCUUGGACUGAUGACAUCUAGGGGUUGGGCUUGGGGGGUUUUAAGCCUUUUAAACCAUGUACAUCUGGUUUGUUGUAGAUUUGCUGCUUAUCGAUUUUGCUCUUAGUCGUAGGGCACAGUACAGUGAUGAUACGGGAACAGCUGUAGUGAGACUAGCUUUGGAUUUGAACUACACUCUUCCACUCUGUAAAUGUCUUUGUGGUCUUGAAUGAGUACACAUGUUACCACCAUUCGUGAUUCAUGUAUAAGUCAGAAAAAGAAUGAACCGUGUCCCAGAGCAGUUCCAUCCAAUACAAACACACAUCUGUGACUGACUUAACUGGCUUCUGUGCUCCAACAUAGGAGUAUUGAUUCCAGUAACAUCUAAGCCAGAGACAGCUUCCAGUCAGACGCUGCUUUCUAGCUACAAAUUCAAGGUGAUUUCUGCACACCCCUAACUCAUACCCACAUCCAUUACCUCCCCAAAUUUCCCUCAUCCACGAGCAUGGAUCAAGGAGAAACUAUCCCAUUUCAGAAGUCCGAUCUUGCUGCCUGGUUGGAAAAGUGAACCAAACUAGCAAUUUCUCUUGGUGUGAAUCUUGAUGUGAAUCUUACCCUAAAAGUAAUGUUAGUAUAGUAAGUAAUAGGGCCUUUCAGUUAUUGCCAAGAGCCCAUGCUCUUUUGUUUGGUCCUCUUUAUAACAAAUAGAAGAUGCACUAUUUGAGCAUGAGUCAUCUUGUACCUUUUAACUGAAUGUCUGAUAUGUACCUGACAUUCCUCUCUUCUCUUCAUUUAAGAGAAGAACCUAUUCCUCACCUCUCAUGGCUAGGACCUCCCUUAUACCCUACCAAUUUCUCUUAGUGGUUGGUGACACCCAGCUUCUCCCUUUGCAUAACCUUCCCUUCUCAUGCAGUCAUACUCACCCUUUCAGUCAUCAGCCUGCCUGAAACACCCUGAAAACAGAUGCCUGACCCAAGCAAGUAAGCAACGCUUCUCUUCAGAGGAUCAGAGGAGAAGCUGCUGCAAUCUGUCCCUGGUUCAGACCCGAGACUUAGACCUGGAUCUGGUUCUGAGCGUGUUCUUCUGAAAGAUCACCCUUCAUCUUUCGCCCUGGCUGUCUCAGCUCUUUCUGCCUAAGGUUGCAGUGCUGGAUGUGCGCGCCCCACUUCAUUACUCUGUCCUGGACUGUAGGGACAACUGAGUCUUAAAACUACUAAAUUCUUGGCCAAGCAGAUUGUAUCUUCUCUACCCACCGUGAACCCUCAAACCAAAAUUAGGGCACUCCGCUAUGAGAGAACACGAUAUCCACUGGCCUUGGCCCAGUGCCUUUGUGUGCAUCUGCCUUUGUUUUAAGAGGUCCUAUAAUUUAAGUAACUUGUCAAUUUAGGAAGGGGCAGAUUAGUCUUUAGAGCAGUUGAAGUGAUGUUUUCUUUCCUGUGUCCUUCUAUAAGGGUAAAAGUAUAUUGCUCAGGACCUCAUACUGUGAUGUAACCUAGGACUCAUUAGUAGCUUUGAGAGCAUAGCCUGACCUUGGGAGGUUGUUUCCGAUCUGGAUGUGUUCACAGAACAACAUGGGCAGGGGGAGGGUGCCAUUAGAGGAAUCCCCCUCCCCGCUUUAAACAGCCCCCCCCCCCACUGACUUUUUUUCCUAUAACUUGAAUUGAUGAGCACCAUCUACUGAGGGUGGGUGGGGUAGGGCUGAUCAGUGGACCAGGUUUAAGGGAGGCAGAGAGGGAAGUUGUGCUGGACAACCACUAAAGCCACACUGCUGAUAGGGAUGGGGAGGCACUUGGGACCCGGUACCUGGCUUUGGUUUUCAGUUUUCUUUUCCUUUGAAUGCCAUCUGAGUCUGGGGUCCACCUUUGGGGAUUGAAAAGAAGAGAUUCUGUAGCAGGGCCGGCUGGCCCGCACGAAUGAUCAUGUGCUUCCCUCUUCUCUCUGUAAGGCAGGAUAUCUCCUGCCCCAGAGACUGGACAACUGGUCGUUUCUAUGAUGUAUUUAUUUUUACUUGUGUUUCAUGUCACUUUUUUUAAAAAAAGCAAACAGAACAAUUGUAAGUCAGUAUAACUGCCUAUCAGU